GAGAUUUAGUGAGCGAUUAAGAACAAUGAGAUGAUUGUUAUUUAAUUACAGCCAAGAGUAUUAGGGAAAGUUACUAUACGGUGAAUUCACCUGCAGAAUAGACUUCUCAGUAUAGACCCUUUACAUGGCUGGAGCUAUAUUACUAAGAUACACUGUGGUACACUGUGGAUAUAAUGACUCUAAGGAAUCUCAUGGAAGGAUUAAUUAAUUAAUGUUGAAGUAUGUUUGAUAAAGGAAGUGAUCACAUGGGCAUACCAGUCCACUGUGUGACUUUUUAUUUUCUUUGGAUUAAAUCAAAAAUGAUUGUAAUUCUGCUGGUGUCUAUGUCAAUGAUCUUGUGUAGCGGUGGCCAAGAAUUGAAGCCACCAGCAUUUCUGCCAGAGCUUCUUGACACACCUGAAAGAAUCUUGAACAAUGCCACAUUCUUCAAUGGAGUUUUUCAAAAUGUGGAAAGUGUCACCUUAUUCUUUGACUGCCUGGGUUCUCACUUCACGUGGUUACAGUCCAUCUUCACUAACUUCCCUGCGCUGCUCAACUUUGUGAACAAAAUGAAGUGCCGUACUGGUUUUUGUCCCAGGGAUUUUGAAGACUAUGGUUGCUCUUGCCGGUUUGAGAUGGAAGGACUCCCCGUGGAUGAAGCUGAUAACUGCUGUUUCCAGCACCGUAAAUGCUACGAGGAAGCAAUUGAGAUGGAGUGCGCAUGGGACCCAUCAAAGAUUUCUACAGACAUCAGCUGUUCUACUGAAAACCUGUCCUGUGAGUCUGGGGAUCCCUGUGAACAAUUCCUCUGCAACUGUGACAAAGAUGCCAUUGAAUGCUUUGUGAACGCACAUAUUAACUCUUCCUUGAAUGGGCUGGAUGUUUCCUUCUGCCCAUCUCCUGUUACAGAAACAACCAGCCAGAGGGAGACGACGACACUUCACAUGGAGGAAUUCCUUCAUCAUGGGAUGGUCAAAACACUGGCUGCAACUGCAUCCAUGGAAGAAGUGAUUUCUUUCGAGCCCAGUGAGAUGGUCCUGGGGACUUCCAAAGCCAGAGGUACCACAAGUGACCACAGAGGUACAGCUCCUGCUCCCCCCGUCCCCUCGAUAAAAGAAGGGAAUGGAUUUAUGGAAGUCGUGGUCCCAGUGGAAGAGAGAACCACCUCCCCAGCUUCCUUCCUGCGAGAUACCAACUCAAUGCAAGUCAAAACUGUCCCCACUGAGAACACUUCUGCCAGCACAUCUGCAAGGACAAAGGGAAAAGAGACAAGUCCUGCAAGUGGUGGCCAGAGCACAACUUCUUCUGGAAUCAUCCUGGAGCUGGUACCGCCUGACAGGGAACCCAAUGAACCUGCAGUAAAAGUAUGUGAGCGAUUAACCUUUCUGCAAGACAGAGGAAAUGGAAGAGUGAAAAGGGAGCUGCCCCAGCUGGGAGAAAUGCUCUUCUGCUUAACCGAGCGAUGCCCAGAGGAAUUUGAGUCUUAUGGUUGCUACUGUGGCCAAGAAGGAAGAGGUUAUCCUACUGAUGCACUGGACAGGUGCUGCUUCUCUCACCACUGUUGUAUGGAACAAGUUAUGAAACUUGGAUGUCACACAGAAAGAAGUCCAAGAUCUGAAGUUGUAUGUUUUGAUCACAAGCCAAAAUGUAUUGGCUGGAGCAUGUGUGAGAAACUACUGUGUGCUUGCGACAGGACCGCAGCCGAGUGCAUGGCUUCUGCGUUCUACAACGAAAGCCUGAAGUUUCCACGUGGGCAAAAGUGCCAAGAGGAGAAAAUCUUAUGCCAAAGUGACCCUUCUGAAAGGCCUGAGGUUGGCACAGAAAUAGCUGCGGGGAUUUCCAGCUCCGAGGAGAGCAGUGAGGAGGAAGGUCCACUGUGGAGCGUACUAAGAAGAGGGAAGAGAGAGACACACCGUCCCGUUGGAAACUCCAGAACCAGGCAACGUGAAGGGAGAUAAGCAAACACCACCUGGCACGUGAGAAACAGCAUGGAGACAAUCACAGCCGGCCACUGCGUAGCUUACUCCUCCUUAUUACUCUACACGCUGCCUUAGACUUUCAGCAAAUAAAUGACAUAAUCAUAGACUAGGUAUUAAAUGUUAGGCUGUAUAACCCCUUACCGUAGUGAAGUCAGCACUGUGGAUCAUCUAUUUAGGUCAGAUAUUACCUUAAAUAAUUAUUUGACAGUGUUCUGUAUAAUUUCAUUCGAUUUCUAUAUAAAAGCUGUUCUAAUCGAAGACUGACUUUUUAACUGGGUAGUUGGUUCCGACUGGAUCUUGCUGAUGGUGAUGAAGUAUUUCAGUUUUUUAAUUAAACCAAUCUGCAACUAUUCCAA